GGAAAAUGACAUAUAUAGAAAUAUGAAAGACACACAAAAAAAUCAACAAUAUUCUCCCGGCGAACAUAAAAAGAAAGUGCUGCUGGAGAUUCUUUUUAAAUUAGAAAGUGCUUCGCUUGGCUGCGAAGAAUUAGACUUACCUAUGUUUGGAGAAAUAUUAUUAAAAAAAUGUGAAGAAAUAACCCCCGAAUUCACUCCUGAUAACAUAAUGUUAAAGGAUUUAAAAGAACGAGCCGAAAAAAUAAAAAAUUGUGAACCAGAUCCUGAUUAUAAUAUUUACUUAGCUGGACACAUUUGCCGGAGAUUAGUUCAAGAGAUAAAUUAA